ACUGAAAACCCCAUCCUGAUUUCACGUUAUUGCCGGCCAACAGUGUCUUUCUCCCCCCAGAUUUUCCAUCUUCCCAAACACUCCCUAACGACAACAACACCCUUCACCCUUGUUAAUAAAAACAAAAAAACAAAAAAACCACAAAUUCUGACAUAUCCGAGAAUAAUGCUCAUCAUCAUCAGCAUAUCUUAAUCUUCAUUCUUCCAUCCAUGUUCUUUCCCCUCUCUCUUUCCCUUUCUCUCUUCACUCCAAACAAACCCUUCUUCGAUUCUUCUACUUCACUCUUGUUCCAAACUUCCAAUCACACAAAAUCAAUUAUCUAAAAAAAGGAACAAACAAACAAAACCCUAGACCGUUUCGGUGGAGGAAACGAAACGAUGGCCACCACCACCACCAGUCUUACCGGCGGAGCUGGCGGAGACGACCGUGUCCUCGCGGCGGCUCAACAGAUCCUCAAGAGCCUCAAAACCCCCAAGGAGGAUCGCGACGACAUGCUGUUAAUCUUCUCCACCUUCGAUAACCGCCUCUCCGGCAUCUCCGACCUCAUCAACAACGCCGAUGACUCCAAAUCCUCCACCGAAGAAGAGCUUGACCGCUUCGACGCCGCCGAGAAGGUCAUCCUCUCCGACGCUUCUCUCUCCGGCGAGCCUUCGCAUCAAUCGACGUCGCUGUUUGAUCCGCCGAAUGAUCCCGUUGAGUAUUUCACCGCUGUUGAUGAGAUCAUCCAGUGGAUGGAGCAUUUCUCGAUCUCCUCCGCCGGAGAGACCGUCCAGGCCGUAGUUGACCGCGCCGAGAACGCGAUCCAGCUCGCUAUGUCGAGGCUUGAGGACGAGCUUCGUCACGUGCUGAUCUGCAACACCGUCCCUCCCGAUGCUGUUAGCCGAUGCGGCGGCUCGACCCGGAGAUUCUCCACCUCGUUCGGCUCGCACGAUGGUCCGAUCUAUGAGAAUCUUGAGAGCUUCGGCGAGGGCAGUGAUCGUGGAUGUCACCGGUUUAAUCCGAGCCUUGGGGAUGAUUUGUUUGUUGAUUUGGUGCGUCCUGAGGCGAUUCCGAACCUCAAGGACAUCAUCGAUCGCAUGGUUAGGUCUGGUUAUGAGAGGGAGUGUCUUCAGGUAUAUAGCGGUGUUCGUCGUGAUGCUUUGGAUGAGUGUUUGAUUAUUCUUGGCGUUGAGAAGCUGAGUAUUGAAGAGGUGCAGAAGAUUGAUUGGAAGAGUUUGGAUGAGAAGAUGAAGAAUUGGGUGCAUGCGGUUAAGGUGGUUGUUGGGGUUUUGUUGAGUGGGGAGAAGAGGCUGUGUGAGAGUUUGUUUGGUGAAUUGGAGGAGUUGAAGGAGGUAGGUUUCAAUGAGAUUGCUAAAGGGUGUAUUAUGCAGUUGUUCAAUUUCGCAGAGGCCAUUGCCAUUUGUAAGAGGUCGCCGGAGAAGUUGUUCAGGAUAUUGGAUAUGUAUGAGGCUUGGAGUGAUGCUUUGCCUGAUUUGGAGGAUAUGGUUUCGGUUGUGUAUGUGAUCAAUGAGGCCAAGGUGGUGCUGAAGGGGCUUGGUGAGGCAGCCAAAGGGACAUUUACUGAGUUUGAGAAUUGUAUUCGGAAUGAGACUUCUAAAAAACCAGUACUCACUGGGGAUGUUCAUCCUCUGCUUCGAUAUGUCAUGAAUUACCUGAAGUUGCUUGUGGAUUAUGGUGCCGCGAUGGAUUCACUUUUGGAAAUCAGUGAAGAGGAUCUUUACCGUUUUCAAAAUGAUUUGGGUGGUGAUGGUUCCCAGUUAGAGACCAUGUCCCCGUUAGGGCGUCAAGUACUGUUGUUGAUGUCUGAGCUUGAGUACAAUCUUGAGGAGAAGUCUAAACUCUAUGAGGACGCCGCAUUACAGCAGGUGUUUUUGAUGAACAAUCUAUAUUACCUGGUGCGGAAAGUGAAGGACUCGGAUCUUAGGACUGUGUUGGGUGAUGAUUGGAUUCGUAAGCGCCGCGGUCAGAUAAGGCAGUAUGCAACAGGCUACCUCAGAGCCUCUUGGAGCAAGGCCUUGUCUUGUUUGAAGGAUGAAGGGAUUGGAGGGAGCUCUAGUAAUGCAUCAAAGGUGGCUUUGAAGGAGAGGUUCAAGAGUUUCAAUGCAUGUUUUGAAGAAAUAUACAGGGUUCAGACUGCUUGGAAGGUACCGGAUGAACAGCUUCGUGAGGAGAUGCGAAUAUCUAUAUCAGAGAAGGUGAUUCCUGCAUACCGCUCGUUUGUGGGGAGGUUUAAGAGUCAGCUAGAGGGAAGGCAUUCGGGGAAAUACAUUAAGUAUACACCAGAGGAUCUAGAGACCUAUUUAUUAGAUUUAUUUGAAGGAUCCCCUGCUGUGUUGCAUCACAUAAGGAGAAAGAGUACAUAGUAUACUGUAAGAUAUGCCUUCUACAGGUGAACUCAUUUUAUGUGAGGAUUAGUUUGAAAAUAUUUCCUGUCUCAUGUGUAUCCUCUACCUGGAUAGGUGUUUAUGUUACAGAUCUUAAUGUUAGAAUGGGAUUUUGUGAAUUCAACUUUCCUCCCAUGCCCCUUCCCAAACAUCCAAAAAAGAUUUUUCUUUCUUUUUAGCUCUGCAAAGUGGGAAUACUGUAAUAUCUUUUGUAUAUAUUCACAAAUGUAGUGUCUCGCACAGCUUAUCGAUGUCGUUGUCAUUAAUCACUAUACUUGUUGAAAUA